AUGGAUAUGUGUUCUAAAAAGUCUAAAGUAAUAGAAAGAAGGAGAAAAGUAUAUACUGAUAAAACCACACAACAACGACAACAGCUUGACGGCAAUGACGUUAAACAACGCAUAUACUUACAUGCGGAAAUGGAGUUUAUAGCAGUGUCUAAAAGAUGUUGUUACUUGUGUGAACUUUAUAUUGAUUUUGCACAAAGACAUGGAUAUGAUAUUAAAGUCUCUGGAAACCACAAGAAAAUAUAUAGUGGAUGGAAACUUCCGAAUGUAAACUUCAAGAUCGAAGCCCUGAGAUAUAUACUAGAAAAUCGUAAAGAGCAAGAUAAAACACUGAUUCCGAAAGUGGUGGAAAUAGUCCAAAUCAAAAAAAUAAUGAUUAUUUGA